UUUGGCGCGAGCCAGUCGUGGUAUUCAGCUCGCUAGAGCCGGUCGCGCGCCGAAAAAAAAGGCGGGAAAAAUCAGUGCAGUGACUUUUUAUUAUCUGUGUGUGUGAUAAAUCAAAAUGUCACCAAAAAAAGCAGCUGAAGAAGACUGCGAUGACCUAAAAGCGGACGUAGAAGUCGAAGGUGGCAAGGAUGCCGGAGCCCUGGAGGCCAAGAUGUCCCUCCUCAACGGAUGCACAGUUAUCGUGGGCUCCAUCAUCGGGAGUGGCAUCUUCGUGUCUCCGACAGGGGUACUGAAAGGGACAGGGUCGGUGAACGCUAGUCUGCUUGUAUGGGUGGCUUCUGGAAUCUACAGUAUGAUCGGUGCUUACUGCUACGCAGAACUGGGAACCAUGAUUCGACAGAGCGGCGCGGACUACGCAUACAUCAUGGAGACAUUCGGGCCCUUCGCUGCUUUCGUUCGGCUGUGGAUCGAAUGUAUGAUCGUCAGACCCUGCUCCCAGGCUAUAGUGGCGCUAACGUUCAGUGUGUACGUGUUAAAGCCGAUCUUCCCCGAGUGUGAGCCUCCAGCGGAAGUGACCCGGCUACUGGCUGCCUGCUGCAUACUGCUCCUGACUUUCAUAAACUGCUGGUCAGUCCGAGCUGCCACGCGCGUGCAGGACUGGUUCACGUACGCCAAGCUCCUAGCACUCUUCGUCAUCAUCGGAGGCGGCAUUUACCAGCUGUGCAGAGGUCAAACGCAGCAUUUCACGUUCGAGGGGACGUCGAGUGACGUCACAUCCAUCUUUCUCUCGUUCUACUCCGGACUCUUCGCUUAUAACGGAUGGAACUACCUGAACUUCAUCAUCGAAGAGCUAAAGGACCCCGUCCGGAACCUGCCGCGCGCCAUCGGCAUCUCCGUCGCUUUGGUCACCGUCGUGUACACAUUCACCAAUGUCGCUUUCUACACUACGCUCUCUCCCACGGAGAUGUUAGGAACCCCAGCAGUAGCUGUGAUGUUCGCUGAGCGCUUGUUUGGAGCGUUUGCGCUCUCCAUUCCACUGUUCGUAGCAGCUUCUACUUUUGGCGCUGUCAACGGCGUGCUUCUGACUUCUUCCCGCCUGUUCUACGCCGGCGCGGCUCAAGGCCAGAUGCCGGAGAUGCUAACCAUGGUGUCAUCUCGCGCUACUCCAGCGCCUGCCGUGCUCGCCGUGGCGAUGUUGUCCUUGAUGUACCUCAUGAGCUCCGACAUCUUCGUGCUCAUCAACUAUGUAGGCUUCGCUACCUGGUUGAGUAUCGGAGCAGCGGUGGUGUGUCUGCCCGUGCUGCGGUGGACGCGGCCCGAACUUGAUCGUCCCAUCAAGGUCAACCUCUUCUUCCCUGCAAUAUACAUCAUCGCGACUCUUCUCGUGGUGAUCGUGCCAGCGAUAGCGUCGCCCGCUGAGACCGGCAUAGGCUGUCUCAUGAUUCUUACUGCUGUCCCUGUCUACCUCCUCCUGCUGCACCCACGCACCAAGGUGCGGGGCCUGUCGUCUCUCACCACGUCAGCAACUCAUCUCAUACAAAAGCUGACAUUGGCAGUUAGACCGAAGACGAAGUGAACGGUUCACGGACGCAAGAUUCUAGCUCACAUAUCCGACCAUUCCCAAUGCAUUCCAGUGAUCAAAGAACUAUCAAAUGUACGUAAUAUUAAAAAUAAUGUAAACCACGAAAUCAACAAAAUCACGAAUAGCGUAGGCUUCCAAAAAAAAAUAUACACGGCCGUUUUCAUUGUCUCUGGUAACUUUAGUCAUGUCAGUGUAAAAAAAAAUAUAGUCAAUGUUGCCAGUGUUCUAUUUCAUGUUAGGAGCGUUUGGCAAGCAUUUUCCGUCAGUAGAA